AAUUAAAUUUACCCCAACUAGCGUAUUAAGAUAACAUUAUAAAAAUAAUGUGGCCACAACUCACAAAUUUCUAAUUUCGAGUUGUUUAUGCAACUGUCAUCCCUUUUGACAAACUUCAAGAUGAACAAGAGCACAAUAAUCGUGUUUCUGGCCUUGUGCAUCUUGUACUCAGUUUUGAUUGCAAUUCAUUUGAACAAAGGCGAAAGAAAAGGAGACAUUCCACAGAAUUUUCCCGAUCCGCUGAUUCACCGGUUUGCAGACAUCAUGUACCUGUUUGCAGUUCUGCUAAUCGCUUAUGGCGUUGACAUUAUCCUCACGCUCUUAAAAAUCCCAACCCCCAACGGAGUAUUCACAAUACUUCUCGCCUACAUCUGGGGAAUGCUUGCGUACUACUACACGUUUCCUUAUUUGGGCUCUAAUAUCGUUCAAAUCUCCACCCUCGAAAUGUUUUAUCUCUACUUGCCGAUCCUCAUCUUUCACCGGUCUUUCUGCCUUGACGUCCACAUUUUCAUAAAAACUCUGCCCCAAAUCUUGAUCAUUGGCGUUCCUGUGACAAUACUAACGGGUUGUGUCUUCGGUUUGCUGCUUGUCAUUAUGAUAGCACCUGAAACUGCAAGCAUUGGAGCUAUUUUUGUGGGACUAUUGUGCAUGCCUCUCAAUCCCGCUACCAUGGUCGAUCUGUUGAAACAACAGUCAAUGAGAACAAAACAUAUCAGCGUUCUAUUAGAAGGCGAAGCGGUGGUUUGUCUCCUGGUGAUUGAUCUUACUCAUCAGCUCGUAAUAGCUGCAUCGGAUAAGCUAAUGGUCCAUUGGUACCAAUUCGUAAUGGUACUAUUGCGGAUUUUUGUUCUGGGUAUCUUAACUGGGUAUUUAGCGGGAGUUUUGGGUCGGUGCUUGAUUCGAAGAAUGUACACCGAUCGCAUGAGUGUCAUUCUUAUGCUCUCGGCUUUACCCUUCUUUACCUAUUCCGUGUCCCACGUAUACUUUUCUGGGUGUGGAUCUGUUUCGGUGAUCACUUUAGGUAUUAUGAUGGGUUUAGAAAGGACAGCUUUGACUAAAAAUAUUGAUAGUUUUUUAACAAACUAUUGGGAAUUUGUCGCCUAUGUCAUGGACACAGUUAUUAUUGCAAUAAGUGCAACCUAUGCGGGCUGUUACGUUAUACCACACAUGAACUGGGAAGCUUUUGUGUUGAUAAUUGUCGCUUACGUCGUCAAUUAUGUCUUGCGUUUUGUUUCGUUUCUCCUAUUUUCCCCCUUAAUAAGUAGAUUGGGGUAUGGAAUGGGAUUGAAAGCCAUGGUGGUGUGUGUUUGGGGCGGCAUCAAAAGCCCUUUUAGUUAUCUUGUAGUUUUUAAUUUUGUCAAACGCCAUAUUUUUGAAACUCAUGGAGAAAAUCUAUUCUUUUUCUACAUAUUCGGCCUCAGCAUUGUCUCGAUGCUCAUCAAUGGAACAUUCUGUGAAACUAUUUUAAAAUUUUUGGGUUUCACUAACAUCUCAAUGGCGAGACAGGUCAACAUGAACAAUUGCAUGAAACACAUUUUUACGAAAAAAGGGCGGAUUAUUGCCAUUCUAAAAAUGGAUAGAUUAUUAGCUGAUACUAACUGGCAUGUGGUCUACGAAGCCACAAAUAUGCAGCAUCCAUACCACCUCGGAUUAGACAAAGAAGAAGAAGAUCCAUUUUUCUUGGGCUAUAGGUUCACGAUGUGUCCCGAUUGUAACAAAGACCUGGUUCAAGAACCAACUCCGAAAGAAUUAAAAGAAAUGACCAAAGAGGCUAAAAUGCGAAUUCUCAAGGCAAAGAAAAUGUCAUUUUCGAGACAAUUCGAGAAUGGUAUGAUCACAAAACACGCAAUUCGGGUGUUGAAUCAGGCAGUCGAGCUUGCAAUGGAUUCGGAAGAUGCCGUAAUGGAAAUCGAUAGUAUAGAAAAACGAUUUGUCGAAGAGAAUUAUUUCUAUCGGUUCUUCCGAAGUCGACUUGAGUGCAUGCAGAAUAAGCGGACUCUACCACAACGGCCACCCAUAACGUAUUGGAGACGACUUUGUUACCACAUUGUUAUGAGUACGGUGCUCGAUAAAGUAAUGCUGUUGGUAAUUCUGGUCCAUGCGGGUUUUUUGAUCACACUUUUCUAUUUUCAAUCGGGGCUAUUUUCUGAAAAAUCACGAGUUUACAACAAAAACGUAUUUAUUGCUUUUGUGGUUUUAAAUUGCCUUUUCACGUUGAUCUACAUUUUGGAAUUUGUAAUAAAAAUAUUGGCGUUUUCCUGGAUAUACAUCUGGGCUCAUGGCGUUCGUAGUUAUUUCAAGUCGGUUUGGAACAUUAUCGACUUCUUGGCGAUAAUUUUGAACUUUUUCAAUAUUGGUUUAGAUGUACACAUUCUUCUUUUAGAAUUUGGGCAUACAGAAGAAACCAGUAUUUUUGGUCAAGUAAUCGAUGUUCUAAUGAUUCUGCGCUUCGUACGACUACUUCGAGUCUUCGAGAUUUUCUACGAGAACUUUACGAAUUGUUUGGCUCGAGGCGCUGAUCGAAAAAUGUCCUUCACUUAUGAACUAGGCAAGAGCUUUGCCACCAGCGAAGGGGAAAUUUUAGAUAUGUUACCCUACAUCAUCGAUAAUAAGAAGAUCCGUGAGGAGAUUAAAGCCAAAAUAGAGAAUGACAAAAUUGUGAUUACAAAACUGCUCGGUGUGGUCCAAAAAGAAAGACCAUGGGUGGCAAUCACAGUCAAGACAAAGCAAGCAAUCAGAACGGUUCUCAGCAGCAUGAACGAUGCGAUAAAUCAGCUCAAAAUUGCAGGGUGGGUGGAUAAUUACGAACGGGAAAAACUAGAGUUUGCAAUGGCCGAGUUGUACAAGAAAGUCAAUGCGAUAAAAAUGGUGCAACCAAGUCCACCUCAAGUGAUUUUCAAGGAAGUAUCGUGGAUGCCGAUUGAAACUGAAGUGAUUGAUUAUCUUUUUGAUAAUGUUACUGUCAAAAAAUUCGAGCCCGGCGAGACUGUUUUUGGAGAAGGAACUGUGGCGGACGGAAUCUACAUUGUUGUGACAGGACUCCUUAUGAUCCGUUACGUACCACAAGUAAACGUUUUGAGCAAUUUGCGUUCUUUUGGCAUCCUACCGAUUGUGGAUUACCUUCCAGGAACAAAAUACGAAGAACCAUCUAUUGACUACAUAGUUUCAGGAAACUGUGUAGGAGAGCUGAGUACUCUGACCGAAAGGGCGUACAACUGCACAAUCACGGCAGAGUCUCAUAGUCAAGUUUAUGUUUUAACAAAGUCAAUAAUCAAACAAGCGAUGCAACUGAGCCCAGACCCCGUCAAAGGGCUAGAAUGUCGAAUUUGGAAAGAAAUCAGCGUCCGAAUUGCAUUCCCUCUCCUCCUGUCAGUCCCAGCGUACCAAGCCUUCUCCCAGGAACAAAUUAAAUACGCCUUUGAGCGCGCCUUCGUCCCCAAUUUGUCAAAUUUCAAGAUUUUUGCCGUCACCGAUAUCAUCCAAGACAUUAUUCUCAUCGACGGAGUUGCUGCUGAUUUUAACACUAGGGAAAGAUUCGUUGCUCCUUGUUGUAUUCCGCGAACCGUUCAAAAACUUAUUUUACCCAGCAGCAGUUUGAUGAACCUGCCAAUCGAAACGAAAUUUUUAGUUAUCCCUGAGAAAGACGUAAACGAAUAUGAUGUGAUGGUCCUGGCUGAAGAAACUGGCGAAAUGGUAGAUACAGGGUCAUCCCAAAAAUGUCUUCUACACGCGGCAAGGCAACGAAUGAGAAAUAGACGAAAACUGAAGGGGAGGAUAUCGUCUCAAAGAAAAAUACGUCUUGACGAUGUUUCGUCUGCUGGCACAGAUACCACAAGCCAAGUCGAUAAGGAAUCGGGAGAUUUAGUUUAUAAGAGUACUAGCAACUACGGUGGGUCCAGCAUGGUACUUAUGAGACCAUUAGGAGGUGACGACGAGGACGAAGAUGAAGACACGCAAGAGUUUUUCAACACUCAAGCAGGGCGAAAACGUAGACAAACUCUGAGUUAUUUCGAGUAGUUUUUAAACGAAAUUAACAUUUAAUCACUAAUAUAGAUAUGCAAUAUAUGUAAACAAAAAAUGUUUAAUUUUUAUCACUUCAACAAAAUAUGUAGAAUUAAAUAAAUUCUAAAACCAAUCCUAUUCUAAUAA